GCGGCGGAAUUGUAGGGCGUACCAAAUUGGCUAUGUCAAUUUCACGCACCCGACCCGAAUUCAAAGAUAGAUAAAACCCAGCGCCUGCAAGAUCUUAUCGCCCGAUUCCGUUUCCUCAGCUUUCGUUCUCCCUGUCGUCGUCGUCCUCGGGAGAAAUAUUAUAGAAAACAAGGCUUUCUUCUGGUUUCCCAUGAGCAUAUGUGAUUAGGGGAGGCGGGAUGGAUAAAUUGUUCGAUAAGCUAAGAAAGUUGGACGCCUACCCGAAAGUCAAUGAAGAUUUCUACAGCCGUUCUCUCUCCGGCGGUCUCAUCACACUUGUCUCCUCCAUCGUCAUGUUCCUACUUUUCAUCUCUGAGUUCAGAUUGUAUCUACAUACUGUUACUGAGACUAGGCUUGUUGUAGACACGUCAAGAGGAGAAAAAUUGCAUAUACAUUUUGAUGUGACCUUUCCAGCCAUCCGGUGUUCAUUACUUAGUGUAGAUGCCAUGGACAUUAGCGGGGAGCAACACCUUGACAUAAGGCAUGAUAUAUUCAAGAAAAGAAUCAAUUCUCAUGGUAACGUUAUUGAAGUCAGACAAGAGGGUAUUGGUGCCCCAAAGGUUGAAAGGCCUUUACAAAGACAUGGUGGCAGGCUGGAGCAUAAUGAGACAUAUUGUGGUUCCUGCUUUGGUGCAGAAAUGUCAGAUGAUGAUUGUUGUAAUUCAUGUGAAGAAGUUCGUGAAGCAUACAGAAAAAGGGGAUGGGCAAUCUCAAACACAGAUUUAAUAGAUCAGUGUAAAAGAGAAGGUUUCAUCCAAAAAGUUAAAGAUGAAGAAGGUGAAGGAUGCAACAUCCAUGGAUCUCUUGAGGUUAAUAAGGUUGCAGGGAAUUUUCAUUUUUCUCCAGGAAAAAGUUUUCAUCACUCAAAUAUUCAUUUGAGUGACUUGCUGGCUCUUCAGACAGACAGUUAUAAUAUAAGCCAUACGAUAAAUAAGUUAGCUUUCGGACCUUCUAUUCCCGGAGUUGUAAAUCCACUUGAUAAGGCUCAUUGGGUGCAAGAAACACCAAAUGGAAUAUAUCAAUAUUUUCUUAAGGUAGUUCCUACAAUUUACACACAUAUCAGAGGCCACAAGAUCCAUUCAAAUCAGUUCUCAGUGACGGAACACUAUAAGAGUUUAGAAUUUGGUCAAUUUAACGCACAUCCUGGAGUUUACUUCUUCUAUGAUCUUUCUCCCAUAAAGGUGACGUUCACGGAGGAGCAUGUUUCAUUCCUUCAUUUCCUCACAAGUAUCUGCGCGAUAAUUGGCGGCAUAUUCACUAUUGCAGGGCUGGUUGAUUCAUUCAUUUACCACGGUCAAAGAGCACUAAAGAAGAAAAUGGAACUCGGAAAAUUCACAUGAGACCUCUUUUCUGUAUUGCAGGAAAUUCAUUUUGACAGUAAAAACUGACAUCCGCCAGAUUGUUCUCCUACUGUAAUUUUAUUUUUUUUACCUCUUGAAUCUGUUUAAAUUCGAGUUAAUAGUCAUUUUCGUCCCUCUAAGUUUACUCAAAACUCAAUCUUGUCUCGGUAAGUUCAUUUGAGUCAGAUUAGUUCCUAUAUUUAGAAAAUGUGAAUCAAGUUAGUCCUUUGAACAUAAUCUAUCUUCUAAAAUUUUUAGUUAUCAUGUAGAUGCAAAAGCAAUGACCUUGUGUAUUAGUUUUUGUAAUAAACGUGUUAACUUAUAAUUUUAGAAUAUAAAUUUUGUAUAAAUGACUAAAUUGAUUCACAUUUCUUAGUUACAAGAAUUAAUUUGACUAAAUCAAACUUAUAGGGAUCAAAUUAAGUCGUGAGUGCACUUAUAGAGACUAAAACGGCAUUAACUGGUUGAAAUUCCAUGGAACAGUUCCUUGGCCAUUAUCCAUCAUCUCUCGGUCUCACACCCUUUUGUCAUCAUGAAAAUUACUUUUAUAUUGAAAGUUACUAACUCAUAUAUUGUUACUGAGUAUUAUAAAAAAUUUAAAAAAAUCCU